AUGGCGAGUCUGUGUAGAAGGCAGCAAUGCACGAUCGAGAGGCGCGGCUUUCGGCAGGAACUUGACUCGUGGCGGCAUAAACUCAUUCACUGUGUAGGGUUUGAAAGCAUUUUGGAAGGACUGUUUGGGCCAGGGCUUGUCAAAGAUCUAACCCUUUUUCAAGAUUGCGAGCCAGAGGGUGUAUCUGAUUGGUCGUUUGAUGAAAAUUGUCUCUUUUGCUGCUUACGACGGGAGAAAGUGAAGGAGCACUUGGUUGGUCUGAACAACCAGGUAUUAUCAGAGACAGACAGCUUCAAACAAGAGCAAACAAGGAUCAACAGGCUUGAGAAGCAAGCAGAAGACUUCCUCAAUGCUGUCUUCUACAGAAGGGCAGACCUCCCAAGCUUCUCGGACCCUCACAUUCCUUUAGUGGCUCGUGAGAUCAUGCAGCGAAUGAUCCGACAGUUCGCUGCGGAAUAUACCUCAAAAACCAGCUCAACUCAGGACAUACCCCACCCCGAGUCCCAGCCCAACGGCAUCAAGGACCAAAGCCUGCCGAAAGCGCCCUCGCUGGACACGGCUGCCCCCGCGUCCACCCACGUCUCCGUCAGCACAGCUAACGGAUCCGGCAACAGUGCAGCUGCCUCAGCACAGAACCCCGUCCUCAGCAAGCUUCUCAUGGCUGACCAGGACUCCCCCCUGGACCUCACCGUCAAGAAACCUGAGGUGGAGCUCAGCGACCAAGAUGGAGUCCUUGACCUAUCAACAAAGAAGAACCACAAUCGUGGCACCGUCUCUCUCAAACACUCUCAUGGCUUUUCCAUAAUGCCCGUCGUCAAGGGGCGUGCCCUGAGAACUGACCACAAUUUUCAAGAUGUUGAUGAUGAAGAUGGCCUUCCACCGAGAAGCUUGCAGGACGGGAUCAGGGAGAACUACAUUGGCUCCACCCCUCUCAAGCCCCCAUUGGCCCGUUCGCUGCUUAUUAAGGAGGAACUCCUGAGCCAGAAGCACCGCCUCCUAGGCCAGCCGCCACCUCUCUCACUGGCUAGCCUGGAGUCUGCGGGGCUGCUGAACCACGGACAGACCCACUCCCUCCUCUCUCGUGACGGUUCGUGGGGAGGAAAACCUCAUCUGGAUGGCCUCCUGAAGCUGAAACAGGCCAGUAGAUCCCUCAGUGACCUCAAAGAUCUGCCUCUGUUCUUGGACAACCACAGUGCGUUCACCAAGGGCACCAAUGCCUCUCACGGCAAAGGCCCCGACGCCCAAGCCCUCCCGGUCAAGAAAGAACUGGGUCACUCCCCUCCCGUGGACCUGAAGAUCCCACAGGUAAGGGGCAUGGACCUGUCCUGGGAUUCCCAUGCUGGUGCCGGAGACAUCUACAGCUUUGGCUCCAUGGCGAUCGGAGCGGUGCACUCGGAGAACGCGCUCAACCGGAAGCUAAGGGCCAUCCUGCCCAAGCAGAACCGUCGGUCCGGCCUCGGCGGGCUUCUGGACGGAGCCUCUGUGGGCGAGUACUGGGGCUCUGACAUGGACCAGUCCACCUCCGGGCCUCAGUACCCGACCUCAGAUCCAGAGGCCGACCCGACGGGCUCCAAGCAGCCUCGCAAGAAAAGGGGGCGGUAUCGUCAGUACAACAGCGAGAUCCUUGAAGAGGCCAUCGCUGUGGUUAUGAGUGGGAAGAUGAGCGUUUCCAAGGCACAGAACAUGUACGGCAUCCCUCACAGCACCCUGGAGUACAAGGUGAAGGAGAGGAUGGGCACGCUGAAGAAUCCGCCAAAGAAGAAGCUUAAACUGAUGAUGAGAAUGGAAGGGCAGGAGUCUGGGAUCGCCACAGAAACCGAAUCCACGACCACACCCCCCACCACCACACCUACGGCGACGCAAGAGGACGGCUCGCAGGGGGCGGGUGACGUAAAAGACGAAUAA